AUGGCAGACGAACCUCUCAUCGACAAGAUCCAUGACUUGAGUGACUUGGAACUUGCGACUCUGAUAUGCCUCGUGGCACAGGAGCAUUGUAUCAUUGAUACAGAACCGGAUUCUAUCGAUGACUUGGUUCUGGAGUUAGAGCUGGUGGCCGCGAAGGUCUUUGGCCUCUCCCAUGCAGUGAUCGAUUGCUCCGAGCAUACAUCCCUCGACGACUUCGCAUAUUCUAUCUUGUCUGCUGAAGGAAGUCCUGCUCGAUCAACCUCUCCUGUACGAACCCGAGCAGACUCAUACUUCCUCAACGCUCCUACGUUUCAGUCCAUUGCCGCCCGCUCCCCUGUGUCCGAGAACUUCGCAGACAACAAAUCGAUUGCAAAUGUGAUCAUAGCGAAGAAUCUCGACGAGGCGCCGAAGCAGGUUCAAAUACAAGCCCUGGAGCUUAUGCGGACGAAGCGGAUAUAUACCAGAACCUCUGUUCAAAGUGCACCUAAGAGGUUUCUAUUCAUUGCAUUGUUGGCCGGUGGAGAGGGUCCGAGAUUAACAAAACAUCUCAAUGACCAGAUGUUCAUCUCGCAUUUCCACGAUCCCGAGGACGGGUUCCCGAACUUGGAAGAGAAAUACGAUGAUGGGAGCUCUAUUUCCUCCGUGGUGAAGAAGAGUCCAAUUGUCCCAGAGCCUUAUUUGCUACCAAGGAUAUCGGCAAUGGACAUUGAGCACCUGUCCCAGCUGAGCGAAUACACAACUGUCACUGUGGAGUUGAGUGAAUACCAGCAGGACAUUAUCGCCUUCCUACGGCUUCAUCGUGCAGUGGCAGGAGGGAUAUCAGCGACAGCGACUCGGAAUUUCGACAAGCUUUCCAAGUGUCUUGCACCACUACACGAUCUCUCCUACGCUACGCCUUCUCUGGUUGCCCUAGCAGCCAGGAAGAUAUAUCCGCACAGGAUUCAUAUUGUGCAGCCGGAAAAGGAACGCAGUAUGCAGUGGGGAAGCGACGUCGAUGCUGUAGCAGCAGAGCUGGAUGGAAUAGGAGCAGAAGAUGUGAUUGAGGAUGUUCUAGGCAGUGCGGGCGCAGAGACGCCCCUUUAA